GCCUAAGGGAGAGCGGAGGCGGGAUGUGUUUGCUGGGCGGGGAGUAGAGGUGGGAUGUGAAUAUUCAACUUUUUGUCAUCAGAUAAAAGCUUCCUUGGCCCACAAAGACAAAAUAACCUUCAACAUGAUGACCGUCGACGAGGAGAUAUUCAUACUCUUUUUUUUUACCCCAUGCCUCUCAGAACAAUGAAGAUGGGCCUAUAUUGAAGGUCAUGUCACAGCAUUCACCAGUUCCCAAUUGUGCAUCGAGAACAGAGAGCAUUAGGACUGGUGAUGUACAGGGGACUCAUUUGAUGAUCUCAAUUCUGCUGGAUGAUGAUGAUCCAGGCCUUCACGUCGAUGGUGCAGCCUCAUCUGUUAAACCCAGCCACAUGGAACAUGAUGACAGUGUCAGUACAUCCAGGACAAGCAGCCUAUCAUUUCCAGUUGAAGCUCAACUGGAUGAAGACAAUCUGAAGAAGAUUGGCAAGAAUGCAAAAUUAUCUGAAGCUCAGGGGUUGAGGUGGUCUUCCCAUGUAACUACUCUAAGAAUGUCUUAUUCAGCUCCUGCAGUGCUGUCCACAGUGAGUCCAAGAGAUGGCCUGAGGGAGAAUUUGAAGGAGAAACUAAAGGCCGAGCCACUGAGUCAUGUGAGUAAUCUCAGUGCAUUUUUACUCAGGAAAGACAAAGUGCCUCACAUGGUGAGCCCAGUUGAAACACAACAUAUUCCAUUUAUAAUUGGCUCCAAGAGAGUUGGUGGAAAGUCUGGGACUGCAUAUAGAACAAACCAGCAGAACAUCAGCAAUGAAGGUGCUGACAUUUUCAGUCUGGUUAAUAAACCUCCUUCUAAUGAACAUCAGAGAUAUAGAAUAAAUAUCGCUGAUGACUCAACCGAGAGUGACUGGAAUUCAGUUUGUUCUCUGAUAAAUCCAAGCAAGCGUAAUGGUGGCAACCAAGACAACUGGAGGGAGACUCUUUAUGCCUUAAUCAGAUGUUACGGAUUCAAGUCUUGCAAAGAAAGGAAGGCAACAGCAGGCAUAGCAGCUCAGAGAGCCUCAACACAGCUCAGGAAGCCCACCCAGACCUGUGUCCAAAGGAUCUCACACGGACAGCGAGUCUUAUCCCAGAUUGCUUUUCGAAGCCCCAGAAAAGCACCAGAUGAAAAAUCCUGGCAUGUAAUCCCAAUGCCAUGGCAACAAAGCUUUGUCACCAUGAUGCAAGGUGGCGUAAGUCAAUUUGGUGCUUUAGAAUUGAUCUGGCUGUCAUCUGAUUUUAAGUGACAGGAGUCUUUCCUUUCCCAAGGCCAUAUUGUGGUCAAAUACCUCACCACGACCAUGGAAGAAGAAAAUACAUUGUUAAUAAAAACAUAUACAU